CGCAGGUCGUUUUCUUCUUCUUCUUUUCUAGCUUUUAGCGGGCGAACUUUGUGAUUUUCACUUGAAGAAAUAAAAAUAUAUAAACUUCGCGUAAACAAAAUGGCCGAAAAAACUAUUUCUCGCGGCCAGAAGGAAGAAGACUACGAAAGUGACCGCGAGUUCACGACAUCGAGUUACGACAGCUCCGAUGACCUGGAACCCGAAUGGCUCGAUGACAUCCAGAAGAACGGCGAGCUCUUCUACCUGGAGCUGAGCGAGGGCGAAGAGGAGGCCGCGUUGGCCCGAGCCGCCGCCAACCGAGGCGCGUCCACUAAUCACGUUCGCUUCAGCGAAGCGGAGGCGGAGGUCAUCACGGAGCGCAGCAGGAAGCAGCGCUGCGGCUCGCGGGCGAAAGGUGAGCCCACUCUCAAGAGGUUAGCCAGAAUCCUGAGGAGGAAACGCCGGCCAUCUCAGCGCAGAGGAGGAGGAGGAGGAGAAGGAGGAGGAGGGAAAGACGACUCGACCUCAUCCCCCCCAGCAUCCAUCCUGAAAAACCAGCCAGGUCAAAGGUCGGGUGUGGCGGUCCAGCAGCUGAAGGAGGUGUGCGUCUACCUCAACCCGAAGCGCCUCGGAGGUUCAUCGACCCCGCCGAGCGGCGGCGGAGGCUUGCUCGAGCGCUGCUCGGGGGUGCGCCGCUCCGCCCCGAGCAGCGGAGCCGCGGCGGCGGCCGGCGGAGAGGAACGACUGACCGUUCAGGGGUUGAUACCCAACAGCCCGGCCAUCAAAUGCGGCCAAAUCCUGAUAGGUGAUGUGCUUGUCGCCGUGGACGACGUGGACGUGACCUCUGAAAACAUCGAGAGGGUUCUGUCAUGCAUCCCGGGACCAACGCAGGUGAGGCUGACGUUGGAGACGGUGGCUCGGUGGGACGGCGGCGGCGGCGGCGACGCUUCACCGCGCCGGAAGACGAAGGCCUCGUCUCCUCCGGUCAGCCAGCUGGUGCGUCUGCUGUGGGGAGAGGACACGGCCGAACUCCAGAUGUCCAUCGGACACAUCCCGCACGCCGUCAUGUACCUCUCGCUUAAACUGGACUCGGCGUCACCGCAGGAGGAGGAGGAGAUCCUGUACCAGUACCCGGUGUCUGCGGCGUCCGGCCAGCUGAAAGGAGUGAGGGGCAUCUUCCUCACUCUGUGUGACAUGCUGGAGAACGUCACCGGAGGGCGAAUACUCAGCUCUUCUCUCCUGCUGGGCAAACAGCUGGUCCAUGUGGGCUACUGGAAGGAAAGCAACAACCUGUUGGUCAUCGGUCUUCCUGCUGAUAGGGUUCCUCUGCUGUAUUUGCAGACGGUUGUGGGAGACGUCGUGCGGACACUAAAAGUGAUGUACGGCUCCUUAGACAAUGCGUUCUGUCAGGGGGACCACGCCCCCAGGUUGGACCACUUCUUCUGCCUCUUCUUCCAGCAGCUCAUCCAGCCGUCUCGCCUGAGGGACGGCUCCUCGGCGCCGACCCCCGAUGUCUCGGGGACCCUUUUUCUGGACGGACUGCCGGCGGUCCGAUGGCUCACGCUGCCGCCGGAAAUCAAGAUGGAGGUGGAUACCGUUCUCUCGGAUUUCGAGUCUUCUGAUUUUGGAGAAAUGUCUGAGGACUUCUUUGGCCUGAGGCGUCUGUACGGGAUUCUUGGCUCCUGUUUGUUCUACAAGUCCUACCUGAUUGCCAACCAUCUGCCCAAAGAGGACCUGCUGGACGUGUGUCUGUACUGCCAGCACUACUGCCUGCUGCCGCUGGCGUCCGAGCGGCGGGUCGGUCAGCUGGUCAUCUGGAGGGAGGUGUUCCCCCAGCAGAGGGCCGGCGGCGGCGCGGCGCCCGGCUACAGCCGGCCUCAAGGACGCCACUUCCUCCUCAUAGUGGGAUUGAGGCACUUCAUGCAGUGUGUGCUGCUGGAGGCCGGCGGCUGCUCCUCGCCAGCUUUGGGCUCGCCGGGCCCGGAUUGUGUUUACGUAGAUCAGGUGAAGGCCACGCUGCUGCAGCUGGAGGUGUUGGACGCCGGCAUCGAGGAGCGGCUCGGCGCUCCGCCCGCUCCCUGCCUGUCGUGCGCCGACUGGUUCCUCCCCGCCGCCCGAGACCGCCUGGACAGCCUGGCCUCCUCCUCCUCCCCCGUCUUCAGCAAGCUAGCGGGCGCCGUUAAAGGCUCCUCCUCCGGGUCCAGAGGCCGCGGCCUGUUCGGGGAGAAGGCCCGGAGGUCCAGCCCCCAGAGGAGCCUGUCGGACAGCGGGAGCGAGGGACCGAUGGACGCCGGGUCGGGGGCCGGUUCGGCGACGGCUCCGGGCCUCAGUCCGCAUUCCACCCCUGACUCUGGGAAGCUGGGGGGGCGUCGGGACUCUCUGGGAUCCGAUGGGAGUGGAGGCCUCUUCAAGAAUCCCAGAAUGAAGCACCCGAACCCGUUCUACCUGGGAACGCUGAAGAAGACCCUGACUGACAGGGAGACGGAGGAGAUGUACAACACCAUGAAGCUGACUUCAGGUGCAGAGAACACCUUGUUCCACUACGUCCUGAUGGAGACGGUUCAGGGGAUCUUCAUCGCUCCGACUCAGAGGGAGGUGGCUCAGCUCAGCGGCUCCAUCCACCCACAGCUCAUCCGCAACUUCCACCACUGCUGCCUCUCCAUCCGGGCGGCGUUCCAGCAGAGCCUGCCAGCCAGAGGCCGCCGGGCCGCGGACGGGCCCCGGGGCGGCGGUUGGGGUCUGGGCCCCGUGAAGGAGCACGGGGUCCUGUUUCAGUGUAAACCGGAGAACUGGACCGACCAGAGGAAACCGGCUCCCACCAUGACCUACUGGGUCGUAGGCCGGAUGUUGCUCGAGCCCGUCCCUCAGGAGUUCUACGUGUGUUUCCACGACUCGGUGGCAGAGGUUCCCGUGGAGAUGGCCUUCAGACUCUCCUUCGGUCUGGCCUCGUGAUCGUUACACGACGGAGCGACCGCUGACCUCAGGCCGGAAACGUGUCGAUUUAAAAAGCCGCUCGGUUGGCGAAUACCUCGGGAAUAAACCGAUAAAACGACGCUGUUGCACCGGUUUCCAUGCCGACGGGGGGAAAUCAACUCGUAGUGAUAUCGUCAGUUAGUUUUCGGCGUUGGGAAGACAUUUCAUCCGUUACUUAAUUUAAGAUGUACACUUUUUGUAUGGGAUUAUAGGUCAUUUGUUACAAAAUUGACAUUAAAAGAAGUCAAAACAG